AGUGGACUUCUAUAACGUUACUUUACUGAUAAUUGAUUACAUUGCUGUGCUUCCGGUUUGUGACUUAUCCUCUGUCUAUCAGCAUCAGCAUCACGCCUCCUCUCGCGCGCAGCAGCAGCAUCCACGAGCUCUUGUGUAACAUGCGCACAGCCCGAGGGAUUUCCAGGGGUGUUUUUGUGGUUCACGUCGGGCUAAAACACUUUAGAUGGAUAAAGACUUUUUUCCUGAGCCGGGACGUUUAUUGACAUUUGUGAGGAAACUCAAAGAGGUGUUUGACGUGUGUGACGAAGACUCAGACGGGUAUAUCCGCCCUGAACACUUUGUGCAGUUGGGUUCCCAGUUUGGACAAGCAGAACAGGUGAAGAAGUUGGCCCAAUGUCUAGACCCCGACACUUUUGGGAGGAUCAACUUCAAAAACUUCUGCCGUGGCGUCCUAACCAUGAAAGGUUAUGUUGGGAUCCUUAAAAAGGAAAGAAGGACACAGUUCAUCACAGGGCCAUAUGAGACAGCUAAGAGUUGUUAUCGGGGUGGUGAGGAGGAGCGGCUUUGUCCGGUCAUCAUGUGCACACGGGCCUAUCCUGACCCCGUCCCUGAGCGCAAGCUGUUUCCAGGAGAGGUGGAGGAGCCUGAGGAAGAGGUUGCAGACGAGGCCAGGGAGAGGGAAUUGGACAGAGACAGUGCAGUGGAAACCACCCAAGGGUCAGACACCUUUGACGGGCUGAUCAGACCUGGAGACAAGGAAGACGCACUGGGGGAUCUCUUUUUCUCUGGGGAGAAGUGUGGUCAGACCAGCAUCUCAGUGACCUCUGACCUAUCAACACGUUCCUCCGCUUCUCUGAACGAGGAGCAGUUUGAGGACUACGGAGAAGGGGAGGAACCGGACUUCACUCCCAGCAGCCCCUGCCCGGAAGACGAGACUCGGACCAACGGCUACUCUGACCUCGGCUCAUCUGUUCCCUCUAGUGCAGGCCAGACCCCUCGCAAGGUGCGUCAGCAUUACACCGGUGAACUGAUGGAUGUCUACUGUUCUCAGUGCAGCAAAAAGGUCAACCUGCUAAAUGACCUGGAAGUUCGCCUCAAAAACCUCAAGGCAAACAGCCCCAACAGGAAAAUCACCAGCACUGCCUUUGGAAGGCAGCUGCUUCACAACAGCAACUUGAGCAGCAGUAACGGCAGCACGGAAGACCUUUUCCGAGACAGCAUUGACUCCUGUGACAUUGAUAUUAAUGAGAAGGUGAGUUCCCUGGAAAAGAAGGUGGCAGAACUCGAGAAUGAUAUUAUGAUGAACGGUGAUCUCAAGUCCAAGCUGAAGCAGGAGAACACACAUCUGGUGCACAGGGUUAAUGAGCUUGAGGAGCAGCUGAAAGACCAGGAGACGCGUGCAGAACAAAUUCUACAGGAGGGGCUAAGACGACACCGAGAGUCCUACAGCAAGAUGGAGAGAGACAAGAACACACAGAUAGAGCUGCUGACCAACCGAGUUAAGCAGGUGGAGGAAGAGAACAGUGAGAUGAGUCUUAGCCUGUGCCGGCUCAAAUCACAGACAGAGAAACUGGAUGAGGAGAAGCAAAGGAUGACAGACAAGCUGGAAGACACCAGUUUGCGCUUGAAGGAUGAGAUGGACCUUUACAGGAAAAUGAUGGACAAACUGAGACAGAACAGACAACAGUUCCAGAAAGAAAAAGAAGCCAUGCAAGAGCUGAUAGAGGACCUGCGUCGAGAGCUGGAGCAUUUGCAGCUCUUCAAGCUGGAGACAGAGAGGCCGGGCCGCAGUCGCAGCUCUUCCUCUGGGCUGGCGGACUUCAACAGCAGGACCAGGGAGGUGGAGCUAGAGCAUGAGGUCAAGAGGCUCAAGCAGCGAUUUGUGUCCCAGGACUUUCUUCCCCCUGAAUUCCAGCACCUGGUGUUGUCUGGGGCUCGGCUCCGUCCUGGUCUGAUGGAGAACCAGAAGCUGAAGGAGCAGAACGACGAGCUUAACGGUCAGAUCCUCAGCCUCAGUCUGUAUGAAGCCAAGACCCUGUUCGCCACACAGACCAAGGCCCAGUCUCUAGCUGCUGAGAUAGAAAAUGCCUCCAGAGACCAGUUAAUGGAAGCCCUGAAGGAGCAGGAAGAAAUCAACAUACGUCUGCGACAGUACAUGGACAAAAUCAUCCUGUCCAUCCUGGACCACAACCCCUCCAUCCUGGAGAUCAAGGGCGACUAGCAGUGACUCAACUGGAAUGAGAAUCGUUUCCGCUCUCUGGAGAAUGAGGAACAUUCCAGUUGUUUGACCAGAACCUGCAACUCGAGUCAGGAAUCUGUAAAGGAAAGCGGAGAGAACCAGAGCCAGUCUGAGGAACUGGAACAUAUAAAUAGACACGCAUCGCCCCCUGCUGUUUGUGGCAGUGAAAUAACUUCUAGAAUGGGAUUCUACGCUGCACUAAAGGGAGUUUUCUCAACCAGGGACUGCUCUCUGACUGCAGGUCAUACUACUGUGACUCUUCAACUUGAUCUACCCUGCUCUGUUUUUAUUCACUGUCUAUGCUGUGAACUGUUGUUACUGUCACAACGUUGAUCUCAUAUGACAAAACAGGUAAUUUCUUCCCAGGAACAUCCUGAGCUCAACAUGCUUUGAGGAUCGACAAAGUUGCUUGAUGUAGUACACUGGACAUAAUGUACCUUGGAAUUAAAACUGGAACAAUGUAACAAACCUGAUGUGGGUUCUACUAUUUCCUGUUGUAAUAUUAGUUGUAUUAUUCACGGAUAGUUUGGUAUGAUGUUUUAGGAAAAUACAGUGAGACAGACGAACCAGUUGGCAAGCAGACUGUAAACCCAACUCUCAGAGGCAUGAAGGCAGGUAAACUCUCCAUCGUUUCUCCUCUGUCAUGUAGGUGUUCUCUGAAGAAUGCAUGUUGACGACGUUUUUCGACAGGCACGUUUUAAGAGAGGAUAGAGAACAGGGUCAAAGUGGUCAGAGAAAGAAAACAAUAGGAACCCCUGUAACUACAAGGAAGCAGAAGAUUUGAAGUGAGCUUAAGAAGUAGGGCGUCAGAUGAUGGACCUUGUAUGCGAGCAAAGGAGGGUUUUGGUGAAGUCGGUGAUGGUUAAUUGAAGGUGGAUUGGUUUUAUUCUCAAAAAAAUGUCUUCCAGUAACCUUGCAAAAGCACUUGCAAUGUCAAUCAGUCAAAUAGUGAGUCUUUUUUCACUGAGAAGUGGCUCUUAGUUGGUUCAGAUGAGUAGGAGGGUGUCACUUUAUUGAGCAGAAGCUGCAACCAAGGAGUGUCUUUAAACUGUAACUUCCAUGGAUGCUAUUUGCUAGCAAUGCAUUGUCUUAAAAAAGGUACAUUGUUGCUACCCAUAGACCCAAUGAUGUUGCACAGAAAUAUAAGGAUAUGAAUGUACAGGGUGUGUGGUGGAUUUCCAUCGCUGUGACUGGUAGCCAUUGUAACAUGGUUUACUGAAUCAUCUCUCUAGGCUCAGUGAAAUCACCUCAGAUAUUGUACGUGAGCAUGCACAGGAGAUUGUUUUUGGUACAAAAAAACUGGAUUAGCAAUCUCAUUGAAGCCUACAGGUUGCAGAUUGUUUUUAAAGCCCUCUGUAACUCUAAUACUGUAAAUAUUAUGAAUGUACAACUGGAUAUUUCACUUUCUGUGAGGCCAAAAAGGCUUUUUGACUUUAAUCUCUGUAAUUGGUUCAGAUGCGUUUUAACACACAUGUAUUCAUUACUGUAAUGAAGAGGGCAUUGUACAGGGAGGGAAAACAAUUACAAUCUGCUGCAUUACCGUAUGUUAUUAUUCUAAACUUGAGUUUUGCUUCCUUGCACAAACAAACGUUUUGCUUCCUUUUGCAUGGUUCACCUAUUCUUCUGUCUGUGCCUUUUGAGGAUAUUUUUCAAGACAAUGUUGCUAUAGAUUUACAUAGUUUUUUGAAGGUACAUUCUAUGUCUACGUCUGAAAUAUUUUCUUGACUUGUAAAUGUUGUAAUUAUAUAGUGAUAAUUUGUAUUCAUGUGCCACUCACCACUCUUUUUUCACAUUGAUACUAUGAAAACAAUUUUAUACAGUUUUAUCAAAAAACUUUGCUUAGGUGUCCUAUUAGAAAAGCGAUAUAGCACAAUGCUUUGUAUGGUAUGCAGGCCAGGUUAGCAUUUUGGAAAUAUUUUUUUGUUAGUCCCGGUAAGUCCAUUGCUUUUCAAUAUGCUUUAUACUGGCUUUUACAUGGUUGUAAAAUGUCUUCCUAACUUAAACUAAAUGGUGAGCAUUAUGAGCAAUAUUAACUUAUUUACCAAUACCUGCUGAUUUGUGUUUUGUUUUGCUUCACAAAUAUUUUCACUCUAUAGCUGCUCGUGCCAUUCUAGUUAAAAAAAAAAAAAAGAAACAGUACAUUAAGAUGUAAAAUUUGUCACAGACCCAUUUCUUGUAGCUCUUAAAUUUUGAAUCAUUAGGGCUAUCCAAUGUGAUGUAGUCACUAAAACAGCAAUAAAAUGGCUUUGGUAGUGAUGCCGUCUCAUUAAAUUUAUUUUAAAUGAAAUGUAUUUCUCAUUUCCAUUUAUAUAUCUGUAAUAUAACAAGAAAUCAAUUAGUCUAUGCCUACACUGCUGAUGUCUUAGCUGCCAUUGUGUUUUACAUACUGUUCUGUAAAUAAAAAAAACAUUUGAGCUGA